AUGGAUAUAUUUUACCAAAACAAUUACAGUACAGAGUUACAAAGAGAGGAUAGUUAUCAGGUGGCAGGACGUCACUUGAGGUUACCACGACAUGGUGCAUCAUCAUCAUCAUCAUCAUCAGGAGUACCAACCUAUUCCGAAUCAAAGGUUGGUAUUGAAAGGACUCUGUUUAUGUGUCUAUCGAUUAGUGCUCUCUCAUUCUACUAUUUGCACUAUCUGAUUGCAUCACUCAUUGCAACAUUGUUGGCUCACAACCUAUUAUACAAAGUAGCUCAUUUUCAAGUACAAAUGAAAUCAUUGUUUAAAAAAACUAUUCCUCUACCUUCUUUUCAACAUAUUUAUACUAAACCUUUAAUAAUGUUGGGACAAGAUUUAACACAUGGCGAGAUUGUAACUUAUUUUGAAACCUUUGAAUCUGGUGAACAUUACUAUCUCUACAACAAGGAGAAUAAUACAUUUAUCGAUUUUGUAAGGGUCAAAUAUGAUCUAUCUCAAGGUCUAUUGAACAACUUUGGAACCAUCAGAAUUACAAAUGCUAAUAUUAUUUUAAAAAGUAGAUCAAAGCUUUAUAGAGGUGAUAUAAGAUCAGGAAAUAAUCAAGAAAUAGAAUCGACUAUUAGUCAUGCCAUUACUGAUUAUGUAGAGUGUAAAAGAAGAGGAGGUAAAAUUGGGUAUCACCUACUAUUAUUCAAUUGUCACACCAUGGUAAAGCGUUGGAGAAAAGGUGUCAAAAAGGAUUUUAGAAAUGUUGAAACCCCUGAUACCCCAGGUGUAAUAGCUUUUGGAGUAAACUAUUUGUUUGACCAAACUAAAAAACGUAUCUUUGGUAGAACAGUGGCUGCUUCUCAUUUAUCUUCAGAGGAAACACCUUUUGAAUAA